AUGGUCAAGAAAUUCGAUAUUCCCGAGGAACUCCAGGACUCCAGCUGGACAGGCAACGCGCCCGACGUCGUCUCUCCCCCCGGCCUGAAAUUCGCCAACCUCAACCUCGUCGAGAACUGGACGGUCAAGCUCGAGUUCCACGUGAACGGCGCGCUCACCACCGGCAGCGGGUUCUUUGUCAACUUCCCCGACUGCGCGUACGACGUCGUCCUCACCGCCGCGCACAACCUCAUCAGCCCCGCCGGCACGCUCUCUUCCGACCUCACCGUGCUGCUCGCCGACGGCACCCGCGUGCCCGCUACUAAUUUCCGCGUCUCGGACGCGUACAAGGUCCAACAGACGCCGGUGGAUGACUACGGCGCCAUCCUCCUCCCUCGCGCGCCCUCGGGCGUGCCGCGCGACGGCUAUCCAUUCAGCAUGCGGCUCGCGUUCGAAGACGCGUUCAAGGGCAGCAUCUACGUCAGUGGGUACCGUGCCGACACCCAGCCGGGCCAGCCCAAGACGUCCUCGGGUGCCUGCGUGGGCUGCUACGCGGAGCAGCUGGAAUACAAGGCCGGCACCGAGCAGGGCAUCAGCGGCUCGCCGGUGUGGAUCGAGUACCAGGGCCUCCAGACCGCCGUCGCCAUCCACAACCGCCGCCCGGAGAGGGCCCGGGGAGGGAGCCGCGGGUCGCGCCUCAGCCCGAAGCUGCUGCGCGAGGUGUUCGUGUGGGCGUCUGUGGGCGAGUACGGUGUCGAGCUCAGCGCGCAGGCCAGCAUCGCGACGCGUGCGCUGCUCCCCGCGCGCGGGCUCUACCUCUCCUUCCCUGAGGACUUUCCCUUCGCGCGCGUGCGUCUCGGCUCGGGCACGAAGCUCGAUGUGCUGCCCGCGUACGCGACGUCCGAGACGGUGCUGUACGCGAUGAUGACGGUGGACAGGAAGUGGGUGACGUUCAAUCCCGCCAAGGGGGAGCUGGUGCUGAGCGAGCGGAUGCGCGACGGGAGCCUGUUCAAGAAGGCGAACGUGAAGCUGAAGAAGAAGGCGAUGCGGAUUGUGGUGGAGAGCGGCGGGAAGAGCUAUCAGCUGCGCGUGCAGGGGACGCGGAUCAGGAAGGCCGAUGGUGAGAACGCGGAGAGCUCGGAGGUGUCGAUGGUGGAGUAUCCGAUGGAGAACGACAAGGCGUUCACUGAGUUCUGGUUUGAGUCGAGAUAA